AUGGCUGCGAACGUUGACCAGUUCGUUGCCAUAACGGGUGCUCCGACCCGCGACGCGAAACGCUUCCUCGAGAAGUACAAGCGGCUCGACGUCGCCAUCGACGCGUUCUACGGCGAUCCCAAUGCACUAGCGAGUGCGCAACGGAGCACCGUCUCCACCACCAAGAUCAACCAGCUCUUCGAUCAGUACAAAGAUCCGGACGGCGAUGACAUGAUCGCAGUUGACGGUACGAUCAGGCUGUGUGGGGAUCUGGGCUCGGAUCCGGCGGAUGUGGUCUGGCUGGCUGUGGCGUACGACCUCAAGUCGCCAAGCAUGGGCGAGUGGGCGCGGAAGGGCUGGGUGGACGGCUUGAAGCGGCUCAACUGCGACAGCAUUUCGGGGAUGCAGAGCCUGCUGACGCAGCUCCGGCAGAAGCUCUCGCAGGACCCGGAGUACUUCACGCAGGUGUACAACUACACGUUUGAGUUCUCGAGGCCACAGGGACAGCGGAGUCUAGGUCUUGAGGACGCGCAAGGGUUCUGGGCGCUCCUGAUUCCUCAUGGCCUGCAAGGUGGCGCGCUUGCACACGUCCAACGAGAUGACGAUGUGGAUAUGACCGGUGAAGAGGGCUGGAAGGAGGAGCACACACAGUGGUGGUUUGAGUUCCUCAAUGAGAAGGGCGGAAAGGGUAUCAGCAAGGACACUUGGCAGAUGUUCCUUGAAUUUGUACGGAGCAUCGACUCCAAGUUCGAGAAGUAUGACGCAGAAGCUGCAUGGCCGUCAACGAUAGAUGACUUCGUAGAGUACGCGAAGCAGCGGGUAUCCUCGUGA